GUAAAUUUUCGAGAAUGCUGACUUUAUUUUCCCAAAAUAUCAACCAAUGAAGCAUGAGAGGAAAAUUUCGUAGAAGCAAUAUAUGAUGGCGGCGAGCUCGUUUGUUUGAGGUUAAGCUGUUACAAUUGUCACAUAAAUUCAGGUUUAUGAUAUUAGAAUUGCAAUAUGCCACGCAGAGGUGAAGAAUCUAGUCCAGCCCCACGGCGUAGCCCUCGGGCGGCUGUAAAAGCUUCUGCUUCUCCAAGUCCCAUUAUUCGAGUGUCUCGCAGUCAAAGUUCCUCCAGUGCAGCUAAGCAGUCCACUCCCAAGACACGUGCUGCCAGCCCUUCGCCUAAAGGAAAGGCAGCAGCAAAAGGAGCAAAAAGUAAGGUGAAAGAAGAAACUCCUAAAGCAAGUCAGCGUUCACCUCGGACUCCUGCCAGUAAACAAUCAGGUGAUUCCAAAAAGACACCAGCCAGUCGGACGACAGCCCGGCAGUCAUCUGCCAAAAGUGCUGCUAAAGGAAAGGGUCGGCAAAGUAAAGAUGCUGAAGAGGAAGAAGAGUCAUCAUCUGAGGAAGAGACCACCACUACUCCUACUACUACUACAAAAGGCCGAAGCCGGUCAAAGUCUCAAUCUGAAGCGAAAGAGACCCCAACACGGGGUAAAGCAGGGCGGGGCCAAGCCGCUGCUGCUGCUGCUGAAAAGAAGGGACAAAGUGCUGCAACACGUAAAGGAAAAUCUCCGUCUGUCAAAGAGGAAGAGGCUAGUGCUGAAGAGGAUCAGGAAAAAGGUAAAACUCAAAACAAAAAGCCAGCUUCUGCUGAUACGGAAGCGCGAACUGAGUCAAGGAGCCGGAGGUCUGUGGGUCGAAAAUCUGAGGAGACAGUGACUGAAGAAGUAGCAAAAGGUAGAACGGCGAGAUCCAGAAGUAGGGGCCAGGGGAAGAAAGCUGCAGAAGAGGAGGAGGUUGAUUCUGUUAUUGAAGAGCCAAAGGGGCGUGCUGCUCGAGCAAGAAGCAGGGGACAAUCAAAGGAAGUGAGUGGUGAAGAUGCGAGUAAGUCAGCAGAGGAAGAGAAAGAAACUGGCAAGAAAGAAAGUAGCGAUGUCGUUGAGGAAAGUGAAAGUAAAGUGGUGAGUGAUGUGAAGAGUGAAUCAGAAACAAAGGAGAGCAGCGAGGACCCUGUUCUUAAAGGCAUGGCCAAAGGAUCAGAGCAGUCCAUCUCUGAUUCAGAGUGUCGCAAAAGGGGCCAUGUUGAAGUUGAAAAAUCACCAGAAUGUAUUUCACCAGCCUCGAAAAAGAAGCGUGUUGGCAAAGGAGCUGCUGAGACAUCUCCAGAAAAGGAAUCAACUAAAGUUGCUCCUGUACCUGAGGAAAAAGCAGGGGCUACCGUUGAGGUUAACAAAAGCAGUAGUACUGUUGAUCAUAAGCCCAAGUUGGCUGAAUCUGAGAAGAAAGCUGAAGAAAAGAAACCGAUUCCAGCACCUGUAACAUUAUUUACUGAAUCUAAAACAACAGAAAGAAUUGAGACUGAUAUGGAAGUUGAUGUGGUUGAGAGUCCAACAAAGAUAUCUCAGACGCCAUCACCUAAGAAAACUCCCACAAAGCAACCACUUUCAGCAGUUUCCUCGCCUAAGAAAGCUGAACCAGUAGCAGUACAAUCUACCGUAACAAGUACACCAACUGUAAUGGCGACAGCUAAAAUGACCACUCCAUCGACUGGUGUAAUUGAUCUGUCAAAGAGUCCAGUAAAGCACCAAACUGAAGUUCACAUAUCAAAAGAGGCCCCUGUUGCAGCUGGGCUUCAUUCACCAGUGUCUGCUGGACACCAGCAGCAAAGGGAAUCCCCUUCAAAAAUUCCUGCUAAAUCUCCAGUGAAUCUUACCAAAACUUCAGAACCAGUAAAAACAGUUUCUAAAUCAGAGUCCAUUGUAAUUGAAAGUGCACCAAAAUCUUCUCCAAUAUUAGCCAGUGUUCCCAAAACUGAAGACCUGCCAGUUCAGUCAUCUUUGACUAAAUCUAAUUCAGAGACUGUUUCUGCAAAAAUAAGCAAAGACGUACCUGAUACAUCAGCACCAUUGAAGGGCUCUCCAUUAAAGUCUGAAUCUGUUGUGACUAGUAGUAAAGCACCUCACUCUGGAGAAUUGAAACCUCAUCCCCUACCGUCAGAUAAAGCUGUUUCUGAUAAAACUGCAAAACCUUCUAUAACUCAGCCACUCAGCAUGGUUAGUGCAAAACCCCCUGUAAUUCAAGCUGCAAGUGCCAAGACUACCAUUGCUAUGGAGAGAACUCCACCACCACAAACAACAACUAAUGUGACUUCACCAUCAUCCAAGCCAGCUGCAGUGCCUAGUGUUGGCAGUUUCCCUGCUAAAUCUCCUGUAAAACCUGAACUCAAAUCACACACUCCUUCUAUUAUGGCUUACUCUCCUUCUAAACAUUUCCCUGAAACAAGCCAAGUUGGGUCUCUUGCCAGAUCUCAUGUCACCAUGCAUGGCUCUCCUGUAAAAUUAGCCAGUCCUGUCACUUCUACUUUCUCACCUGCCAAGUUACCUGAUCACUCUACAAUACCUCAAAGACCUUCUGAAGGUUCUUCACUGGCAGUGCCACCAAGCACAACAGGUGUUGAUUUAUCUUCAAAGCAACCUGGACAUAGCUCACCAGUCACCCCCAAGAUAAUGAGCUAUGCUUCUUCACAAUCAUUACCUGCUAAACCAUCAGGUCCUGCCUCCUUAUCUACUCUAAGUACCAAGACCAGCAACGUCGAGUCCUUUUCAGGAAAACCUUCUCCAACUCCAAUAAGUUCUGUUAGGCCCACUGAGUCUUUGUCCAUGGUUUCUAAUAUCAAAACCCCACCUCAGUCUGCACCACCAAAAGAUAAGCAACCAGUUACUAGCGGAAUGCCAAGUGAGAAAGCAAUGAUUACAGGGAACGUAUCUGGAGCAUCAAGUGGCACUCGAGAUAUCAGCCCUUCCCAUACACACGAUUUGUCUCUGAAGCCACCUCAUGCUAGUUGUACAUCAUAUCCAAUAUCAACACCACACACCGGAUUUUCCAAAUCAGUUUCAUCAGCCCAUGCUCCACCUACUACGGCUGCCUUACCCCAAAGGAUACCUUUGUGUAAGCCACCUGUUGUAACUGCAUCUCCAACUAAAGUUACUUUAAAACCAAAUAGCCCAGUCUCAGAAGUAAAACAUUCAGUGACUUCACCUUCUAUGUACAGUAAAACAAGUUCCCAGCAGAGUGAUACCCAUUGCAGCAGCAAACCCCUCCCUGCUACACAGAUGUCUCUGAAAUCAGUUCCUCAAACAGCAGCUGAAAUAUCCACUGCCCCUUCACUGGUAACUACACAUGUUGAUACAAAAGUAGUAUCUAGUGCUGCUGCAGAACAUAAGCAAAGCAAACCUUACUAUUUGGACAAACCACAUGUGACUGCAUCCUCCAUGAAGCCUAUCUUGCCACCUGAUGCAGCUCCACCAAACCCUCUUUAUUAUUCGUCGUCAUCAAAGCCACCAAUGUCAACAUCUGAUAUGUCAGCCAGCAAAUCGUUUUCUCCAACAUUCCCUUCAAAUCCAAUGCUUAUGUCUGCCAUGCCAAAGACACCCUCAUCUCCAGCUGAUAGUGCGGCCAUGUCACGGCAUAUGGGAACAAUGCCCCCCAAGCCAGCCACUCAAGAAGCUCAUCAUCCCAGUGCUGGUUUUGCCAAGCUUCCAGGUAGUCCACCUGUAAGUAUUGCUGCAUCGAAACCUCCAAUGGCUCAUUCAGCCAAACCUCAAAUUACUCAUAUGACAGGUGUGGUAACAGCUAAGGCUGCCGUUGCUCAUGGUACCAGCAUUUCAUCCAGUAAACCUCAGAUAACUCAUAUGACAGGAACUGUCCCACCAAAAGUUUCAUCUCCAUCCCCAGCACUCGCUAAACCUCCUGUGACACAUAUGGCUGGGAUAGCCUUACAAAAGCCACAGGUAACUCACUUGGCUGGUGUUGCUCCUCCAAAACCUCUGAUACAAUCUAGUGAAAGUGGCCUUUCUUCAAAGCCAGUUGUUUUACAUGCCAUGGGUUCAGCUUCAAAACCUAUUUCUUCACACCCUUCUAGCCAAUCUCCUUCUGUGCCUCCAUCUCCAAAUAAGAUGGAGACACUGUCACAUGGUAGCAACACAUCUGCAGACACAGACAGAACGAAAUCUUUACAUGAGAAAUCCCAACCCUUGCCUCUUUAUGGCAUGGACCCCUCUAAAUAUAUGUCUUCAUCGAAGAGCUCUGAUCCUGGUUGUGGAAGGUUACCAGUCGAUAUGACUCAGAAGCCGUAUGGUGGACAUUACAUGCCUAAAUCUGAUGGAUCGAAUCCAUACAUGCCCCGGCCACAGGGUUCACCAGUCAGCUAUGCUAAAGGUUUUAAUUUAGAGCAGAAAUGUGAACAGCUGCAACAUCCCCAAAAGUCAGUCGUUCAGACUGUAAGGGUGUCAGAGCCUCAAGAAGUUAAUCUAUCUGCCAAUAAACCUAAACCCCUUUUGGCCACACCUGGCAAUACAGAUCAAUUUAAGAAGGAAACUAUUGAUUUAAAGGCAUCUGCAGCCAACAGCCAAGACAGUUUCAAAGUUAAAUCGAUGGUCCCCGAUGCUACAGUAGUUGGAAGCAAAUCUCUUAGCGGACCUCACGACAAAGUGCCUAGUCUAGCAGUUACAUCAAAUCCAAAGACUGGAGUUCCAAUAACCGGUUGUGGAGCACUAAAUGUGACAACUAGCAGCCAUGAUAGCAAGAUGAUGUCAUCCAAACCUCAGCAUAACACAGGAAGUUCUGUAAAUACACCACAACUUAACAAACCUGCAUACUUAGCAGCAGGUCAUCCAGUCAGCACUUUUGCUCCUGUCAGUACUCCUUUAUUAGUUACUUCGUCUGGCUCGUCAAAAGCUGAAUCAGUUGACGUUAUCAAUGGCACUAAGACGUCAACAGAAUCUCAACAAGUAUGUGAUCUAAGCAAAAAGCGUAAAACUGAUUCCUCAGAGGAAGACACACACAGCUCCAAGAAAGCUCGUAGUGCCGAGGAAGAAGCAAAUCUUGUUGCUAAUGGCCAGAAAACCAGUGGAAGCUCUCAGCAAGCAUCUAGGAUUGCUGGUGAAACCAAAGUAAACAAGACAGAACCCACACAAGUUUCUCAGUCAAGUACACAGAGCAGCUCAAAUGUUGAUGCUUUACUAACAGACUAUGUUGUUGUGAACAAGGAUGAUGUCCCUCCCAAAGAUAGUGUUGAAGUUCGGCAGUCACUGCCCAAAUCUCAACCUAGUAAUCCGAAACCCUCUCUGAAACAUCCACUGCCUACAUCUCAAAGUACAGCUCCUCAGUUGCCUAAACUCUCAGCAAGUUCUGGGUUGAGUUGUGGUCCUUCAGGAAGUAGCCCUAAUCGAGACACCUUGCUCAGUCGCACUUUCAGAUUCAACCCAGCCCUCCCUAGCAACGCAAUUAUGGACAAGAGCAGACAGUUCAGUGUUGUAUCAUAUAAUAUUCUUGCCGACUGUCAUUUUUACAAGGUUCAGAAAGACCGCUAUCCUGCUGAAGAAAAACUCUUUCUGGAGCUGCCAGCUCGCCAUAAGCGGUUGAUGGCUGAACUCUCCUACAUAGAUGCUGAUGUUGUAUGUUUGCAGGAAGUAGAACCGGAGUACUAUAGCAAGACACUCUCUCCUGAUAUGCAAAAAUUGGGGUAUGAAGGUUUUUACAAAAAAAGAGUUCACGAAAACUAUGAUGAAGGGGAAACAACAUUUUAUAAGACAAGUCGUUUUUCUGACCCUGAAAAUACAGCUUACAGUCUCAAACAGUUAAUAGACAAGGACAUUCAAGAAAUGAGUCUUUCGGAAGAAGUUAAGGAAUCAGUACGUCGCUUCAUGUGUCUGCCUGAUGUACUUCUUGUUACGAGACUUCGAUGUAAAAAUACUGGCAAGUUUAUCACAGUUGGAAAUGUUCAUGUCAACUGGGGCAAUUUCAAACUUCCGAACAUUCAGUGUGUUCAGAUUGCACGUGCUAUCAGGGAAGUAGUGAAUCGGGCUGGCAGUGAUUCUAACCCUCAUGUGAUUUGUGGAGACUUCAAUUCGAGCCCAAAGUCCCCUGGCUAUCAACUGGCAUCGGAAGGUUAUUUAGCAGAUGCCAUGAUUCAGCUUUUACAAUCUUCUAAAACAAUGGAGAUGCCCGAUGGAUCGAAAUCGGCACUUGUAGAUCAUCUUUGGGAAGGAUUCCAGCACACUUCAUCCAGUCUUAAGAGUGCCUAUGCUGUUGUACAGGGUAAUGAACCAGCCUUGACCACCAUGACUCUGCACACCCGUGAAUGUUUGGAUUAUGUUUUCUACAGUUCCACCAGCUUAGAAGCUGUGGGUGUCUUGCAAGUCCCUGGUAAACAGAGUGUGCUUGACUGCAAAUUCAUUCCAAACAGAAUCUUUCCAUCAGACCAUCUCUCAUUAAAAGCAGUCUUGGCUUUUAAAUAAAUUUCACAUAGAUUCGUCUCUCAUUCUGAUAAAAACCAAUGGCUAUUUUGCUGUUGUGUGGAACUGGUUUCAUUAUUGUUCCUGCCACAACUCAUCUUCACAUCCACAGACCAAAUCUUUCUUGUGUGGUCUUUUGCCAUUCUUAUUGCAGCAGCAGCAGCAGUAGGAGAUUGGGUCCGAUAUUUUUAUGCCAAUGGAGUAGUUCAUGGAACUGUGUGCUACUACUACUACAACACACUGCAAGCAGCAACAACAAUCACCACUACUACACUGUUUAAUGGAACAUCUAUAGAUUUAAAAGUUAGCCUUAUUUGUACAACUUUCCUUUUUCCUUAUUCAAUGAUUGAUUGUUUCAGUUUUAUAAUUGACACUAACAUCUUGUCAGAGACUCUCAUUACAGAUACAAGUCUGAAUAUCUCUGUUCCUUCUUUCUAUUUGCCAAAUUCAUUUACUCUAUCCCAUUUCAUCUCCAGGGAUAUUGGGUGGAGAACUUAAGAGAAACAAUAGUUUUAAACUUCUUAAUCAGAUUAUCAUCUCAUCCAUGUGUGGUGGUUUUGGUGUUAACAUUUUUAUGUUUUUAAUAUUAAACCUUUCCAAUCAACCACCUGUCA